GGGCACAGGAGAAAUGGCCGGCUGUGCAACUUACCACAGAUUAAAAGUACAUUAACCUCAAUUGUGUUUUUAGCAUAGGAUUAAAUAGGUUUUAGACUUUUAGUUUAAAUUUUUGCAAUUUCUGAAGUUAAAAAACAGUUUCGUGACGUUCGCUGCUUUCUCGACUAAAAAAUAAGCCCGCAUUAACCUGCUUUGAGAUUUCUGUGAUUUUAAGUUUUAUACCUGUUUUAAUUUAGGUACAGAUCAAACAUGAUGGCAAGUACGCGAAGCCUCCUUAGGACAAAAUCAUUGAUAAGUAAUUUACCACGGUUCAGUAGUAACUAUAAGUGCCUCGAUGUCUCUGUAAAUAACGAUAAUAACAUUACAACCGUUACUUUGAAACGCCCACCUGUAAACAGUUUGAAUUUAGAUUUGCUAUCGGAGAUUUCGGACGUGCUAACGGAUCUAAAGAAAAGUAAAUCACCCGGAAUGAUAUUAACCUCGUCUUCCGAUAAAGUAUUUACGGCAGGGUUAGAUAUUAUGGAAAUGCACAAGCCAGACCCGGAGAGAUUUAAACAAUUUUGGUAUGCCUUACAAGAUGUUUGGAUGAAGCUCUACGGCAGUCCCUUUCCAACUGCAGCAGCAAUAAAUGGUCACGCGCCUGCAGGUGGCUGUUUGCUUGCGAUGUGCUGUGAAUAUCGUGUUAUGGUACAAAAUUUCAACAUUGGUCUUAAUGAAACCCAACUGGGCAUCGUCGCGCCUAUAUGGUUCAUAAAGACGAUGUUAAACACUAUUAGCAUUAGAGAUACAGAGUUGGCACUAACAACGGGUAGGCUUUUUAAGACAGAUGAGGCAUUAGCAGUGGGUUUAAUUGAUGAAAUGGCAACCGACAAGGCAGAUGCACUAAAAAAAGCUAAUGCUUUUUUUGAAAGAUUCGAAAUGAUACCACCUAUAGCGAGAGCUUAUACAAAGGAUAGUUUGAGAGGCUCUGAUAUCGAGGAUCUUAAAAAGAAUAGAGAAAAGGAUAUCCAAACUACUCUCUCACUUAUUACACAACCUAAGGUACAGCAGGGUUUGGAAUUUUAUCUGGCGCUUCUUAAGAAUAAAAAGGAAUCUGCUGCUUGACUACCUUCGACCACAAAUUGAAGGCACGAAAGAAGAUUAAUAUUAAUGUAUUAUUUUAACACAUCUAAUUGUAUAAAUUAAUAAAAAUAAAUAUUUUAUAUAUUACA